AUGGGUUAAGAGAAAUUAGCUGCAUUGUUGUUAUAUAGAUAAUUAUUCAAAUCUUUAGGAAACCAAAUGUCAAGAGAUUAAUUGAAGAAAUAUUAUUAAUAUACUGUUUAAGCAAGAAUUUUAGGGGAAAAUCAAUUAAUUUUGAAAAAUUUAGAAAUUUAUUUGAAAGCAAUCAAAACUCAAAAUUAAAUAAUGAAUGAUGAAAAUAUAGGAUAACCAAAAGAUUACAAAGCAAAUCUAUAAAGAGUAGCUAGCUAUGUUGGAUUAAGAAUGCCUGAAACCUAUUAAAAAUAAGAGUGA